UUUACGUUUAUUUAGUCGUCAAUCCGUAAUGUCGAAACAGAAUUGAAUGAUAGAUGCAAUGAGUUAAAAUUUUCAAUGGCUUUAUCAAAAUUAGCAAGUUUUUCUCUUUCCAAAUCAUCUGUAAUCCAGUCCGGUAAUGUAUUCUCAAUCGCAAGUUACAGGCAGAGGUCUUCUGAUCAACGCGACGGAAGGCUAAGAGGAUUUGCGUCGUUAGAGCUGGUCACAAAGCAGGAGGGCCCCGUCAAGACAGAUGUCAAGGUAAAACCUACUAACUGUAAUUCAGCAUGCGAAAAGCCGACAGCAUUCGAGAACCAAGUAGCCCUGAUAACCGGAGGCCUGUCCGGCAUCGGUUUUCAUACCGCCAGAGAAAUCCUUCAUCGAGGUGCCAGGGCUGUAGUAUUGGUAGAUAACCAGGAUCAUAAAGAAGCUGUCGCCUGCCUUCAAGAUGAAUUUUGCAAGGAUAGAAUUGUUGUCCACAAAUCUGAUAUCUCUCGAAAAAAGUCACUAAGACUCAUUUUCGAAGAUACUCAUAAAAGAUUUUGCAGGAUCGACAUUUUAGUCAACAGCGCAGCUAUAUUAGCUGACCAGAAAUGGGAACAAACCAUUUGCACAAAUAUGUACGGGGUAGUCUUGUCAACAUUCAUGGGAAUCGAUUUUAUGGGAACACACAAUAGUAAAGGCAAGGGAGGUACAAUAAUCAACUUAUCAGCAAUAUAUGGGGGAUUUCUACCACUGUAUAGCAGUCCAGUUUAUGCCGGAAGCAAACACUUUGUAUUAGGUUUCACCAGGGCAUUAGGCAAUAAAAUCUACGGUAAAACAUGCGUAAAAAUUAUGGCUUUACUGCCUGGAAUUACGGACACACCCCUAUCAGACCCAAAAAAUGUGGCAGCUCUGGCUGGUUACAAGGAUUUUGGAGAUAUGGGACCUGUAUACUCGAAUGCCAUCAAGCAGUUACCUAAACAAAAACCUGCUUUGGUGGCUUGCUGUAUAAUCAAUAUGAUAGAAAAAGGAGAACAUGGUGAUAUGUAUGCAGUAGAAGAUGGCAAAUGUACCAAAGUCUGCAUCCCUGACUUUAGAACCAUCAUACUACCUGCUGCCUCAGCAUGUCCAGCACCUAGUAAACCGAAAGAUACAUGCCAAAAGAAGCCAUGUCCCCCUCCUUUGCCAACUAAGAAACCACCGUGUCCACCUCCACCAUGUCCCAAACAGGACACGAAACCUCCUUGUCCCCCAAAGAAGCCACCUUGUCCACCACCACCUUGUCCACCUAAAAAACCACCUUGUCCACCCAAAAAGCCACCUUGCCCUCCAAAGAAACCACCAUGUCCUCCUAAGGAGCCAGAAUACGAUCCCCCCUGUUGUCCACCUCCUCCACCACCACCACCACCUCCAUGCCCACCAAAGAAACCUCCUUGUCCUCCGAAGAAACCACCAUGUCCUCCUAAGGAGCCAGAAUACGAUCCCCCGUGUUGUCCUCCUCCACCUCCACCACCACCUCCAUGCCCACCAAAGAAACCUCCUUGUCCUCCAAAGAAACCACCUUGCCCCCCUAAGAAACCACCGUGUCCCCCACCGAAACCGAAGUGUCCCCCACCGAAGCCGAAAUGUCCUCCUCCUCCACCGCCACCACCACCUUGCCCUCCAAAGAAGCCGCCGUGUCCACCCAAAAAACCACCAUGUCCUCCUAAGAAAGAGGAGCCGAAAUACGAUCCCCCCUGUUGUCCGCCUCCACCACCACCUCCAUGCCCCCCGAAGAAACCCCCGUGCCCUCCAAAGAAACCACCAUGUCCUCCCAAGAAAGAGGAACCGAAAUAUGAUCCGCCAUGUUGCCCAGACAAGGAGAAGAAAACAAUGUACCUGCCUUGCCCAAAGGAGAAACCUCCAUGUCCCCCUGCAAAACCAGAGGAACCAAAACAUGAUCCACCGUGUUGUCCGAAGAAAAAAGAAGACCCCUGCCCAAAGUCCGACAAGGAUCCCAAAAAUAAAAAAUAAACUCAUUGCCUCAUCAUUCAUAACUGUAGUCUAGAAAACCAGUCCAAAUUAUUUGGGUGUCAACAAAUUAUCGUCUAAAAUUUUGGUGAUCUUGUAACGUUAACAUUGUACUAACAUAAAUGUUAAUUGGAAUGUAUGCGAAAUAAAUAAAUAUUUUGAAGAUAA